GACACGGGACAGGGGGACACGGGGGACAUGGGACACAAUGGGGGCACAAGUGGGGACACAAGAGGGGACGUGGGGGACUCAGUUGGGGACACCAGCGGGUGACAAAGAGGGGGGACGAUGUGUCCCGUUUGUGUCCCCAAAAUACCCCCAAGUGUCCCCAAAAUACCCCCCAAGUGUCCCCAAAACCUUCCUGGUCUCCAAAAUACCCCCAAGUGUCCCCAAAGUGUCCCCAAAAUACCCCCAAGUGUCCCCAAAAUACCCCCAAAUGUCCCCAAAAUACCCCCAAGUGUCCCCAAAACCCUUCUGGUCUCCAAAAUACCCCCAAUGUCCCCAAAAUGCACCCCAAGUGUCCCCAAAACCUUCCUGGUCUCCAAUAUACACUCGUGUCCCCAAAAUACCCCCAAAUGUCCCCAAAAUACCCCCAAAUGACCCCAAAAUGCACCCCAAGUGUCCCCAAAACCUUCUUGGUCUCUAAUAUACACUCGUGUCCCCAAAAUACCCCCAAAUGUCCCCAAAAUACCCUCCAGUGUCCCCCAAACCCUUCUCGUCUCCAAAAUACACUCAAGUGUCCCCAAAGUGUCCCCAAAAUACCCCUCAAGUGUCCCCAAACCCCCUUGUUCCCCCUAAACUAGCCCUCCUGUGAGUAGGCCCAAAGCCGCGGUCUUUCCCAGCGGCAGCAGCCGGGCCGGGGGGCGGCGGCGCCGGGCGGGGCGAGCAGGCGAGGCCGGGGCGGUGCAGGCCGCGGCUCGGAGCGGCGCUUCGGCACUUUCCGGUCUCCUUCGGCAAUCUCCGGUCAUCUCCGACGGCGCUUCGGCAAUCUCCGCUGCCUUCGGCAAUCUCCGGCCGCUUCCGGCCGUGCUUCGCUGAUCUCCGGCUACUUCCGGCAGCGCUCGGCUCUCGGGCGCAGGGGGCGGGGCUUUCUGGCAGGCCGCCUAAUUAAUUAUUCAUGAGCCCGUCCCACCGCGGCGGGGGGAGCCCGGCGGUGCCUCCUCAGCCGAUAUUAACCAAACCAACCGCUCCGUCCCCACCGCCCACCGCCCCCCGCUUUUCCCGAGGGUUUUAGCUGGGCCCGCUGCCCCCUCCGCUCCCCACCGCCUCAAUCCCGGCGUUCUCCGCGCCGCGCAGCCCCCCCUACAGCCGCCCAGGCGCUUGGUACGGCCAGGCCGCUCCCCCUCUCGCCUCGCGCAGGGGGCGAGUCUAUAUAAGGAGGCGUCGGCGGCAGCGCCGCUCAGUCGCGCCGGGGAGCGCGAAGCGUUCGGACGCAAAGAGCGGGGGGGUCCCGCUGGGGGCGGUGGGCGCCCGGUGGCCCGUGGGGGCCGUUUCCCCGGUGGGUUUCGGCCGUGGGGGCUUUUUCUGAGUAGCUGCCGGCGGCGUAAGGCCGCGGUUCGGCCGGUACCAUGCACGGCGGGCCGCCCUCGGGCGACAGCGCCUGCCCGUUGCGCACCAUCAAGCGAGUCCAGUUCGGCAUCCUCAGCCCCGAUGAGAUGAAACGCAUGUCGGUGACCGAGGGGGGCAUCAAGUACCCCGAAACCACAGAGGGGGGCCGCCCCAAACUGGGGGGGCUGAUGGACCCUCGCCAGGGCGUCAUCGAGAGGACGGGGCGCUGCCAGACCUGCGCCGGGAACAUGACGGAGUGUCCGGGUCACUUUGGUCACAUCGAACUGGCCAAACCCGUUUUCCACGUUGGAUUUUUGGGCAAAACCAUGAAAAUCCUGCGCUGCGUUUGCUUCUUCUGCUCCAAACUGCUGGUGGAUUCGAACAACCCCAAGAUCAAGGACAUCCUGGGCAAGUCCAAGGGGCAGCCCAAGAAGCGGCUGACGCACGUGUACGACCUGUGCAAGGGCAAGAACAUCUGCGAGGGCGGCGAGGAGAUGGACCACAAGUUCGGCGUGGAGCAGCCCGAGGGCGACGAGGACCUGACCAAGGAGAAGGGCCGGGGCUGCGGGCGCUACCAGCCGCGCAUCCGGCGCUCGGGGCUGGAGCUGUACGCCGAGUGGAAGCACGUGAACGAGGACUCGCAGGAGAAGAAGAUCCUGCUGAGCCCCGAGCGCGUCCACGAGAUCUUCAAGCGCAUCUCGGACGAGGAGUGCUUCGUGCUGGGCAUGGACCCCAAGUUCGCGCGCCCCGAGUGGAUGGUGUGCACCGUCCUGCCCGUGCCCCCCCUCUCCGUGCGCCCCGCCCGUCGUCAUGCAGGCUCGGCGCGCAACCAGGACGACCUGACGCACAAACUGGCCGACAUCGUCAAGAUCAACAACCAGCUGCGGCGCAACGAGCAGAACGGCGCCGCGCACGUCAUCGCCGAGGACGUCAAGCUGCUGCAGUUCCACGUGGCCACCAUGGUGGACAACGAGCUGCCCGGGCUGCCCAGGGCCAUGCAGAAGUCGGGGCGGCCGCUCAAGUCGCUGAAGCAGCGGCUCAAGGGCAAGGAGGGGCGGGUGCGGGGCAACCUGAUGGGCAAGCGCGUGGACUUCUCGGCCCGAACCGUCAUCACCCCCGACCCCAACCUGGCCAUCGACCAGGUGGGCGUCCCCCGCUCCAUCGCCGCCAACAUGACCUUCGCCGAGAUCGUCACCCCCUUCAACAUCGACAGGCUGCAGGAGCUGGUUCGCCGGGGGAACAGCCAGUACCCGGGGGCCAAAUACAUCAUCCGGGACAACGGCGACCGCAUCGACCUGCGCUUCCACCCCAAGCCCAGCGACCUGCACCUCCAGAUCGGCUACAAGGUGGAGCGGCACAUGUGUGACGGGGACAUCGUCAUCUUCAACCGGCAGCCCACGCUGCACAAGAUGUCCAUGAUGGGCCAUCGCGUGCGCAUCCUGCCCUGGUCCACCUUCCGCCUCAACCUCAGCGUCACCACCCCCUACAACGCCGACUUCGACGGGGACGAGAUGAACCUGCACCUGCCGCAGUCGCUGGAGACGCGCGCCGAGAUCCAGGAGCUGGCGAUGGUGCCGCGCAUGAUCGUCACCCCCCAGUCCAACCGGCCCGUCAUGGGCAUCGUGCAGGACACGCUCACCGCCGUGCGCAAGUUCACCAAGCGCGACGUCUUCCUCGAGCGGGGGGAGGUGAUGAACCUGCUGAUGUUCCUGUCCACGUGGGACGGGAAGGUGCCCCAACCCGCCAUCCUGAAGCCGCGGCCGCUCUGGACCGGGAAGCAAAUCUUCUCGCUCAUCAUCCCCGGGCACAUCAACUGCAUCCGCACCCACAGCACCCACCCCGACGACGAGGACAGCGGCCCCUACAAGCACAUCUCCCCCGGGGACACCAAGGUGGUGGUGGAGAACGGGGAGCUGAUCAUGGGCAUCCUGUGCAAGAAGUCGCUGGGCACGUCGGCCGGGUCGCUGGUGCACAUCUCGUACCUGGAGAUGGGCCACGACACCACCCGCCUCUUCUACAGCAACAUCCAGACCGUCAUCAACAACUGGCUGCUCAUCGAGGGUCACACCAUCGGCAUCGGUGACUCCAUCGCCGACGCCAAGACCUACCAGGACAUCCAGAACACCAUCAAGAAGGCCAAGCAGGACGUCAUCGAGGUGAUCGAGAAGGCCCACAACAACGAGCUGGAGCCCACGCCGGGGAACACGCUGCGCCAGACCUUCGAGAACCAGGUGAACCGCAUCCUCAACGACGCGCGCGACAAGACCGGCUCCUCCGCGCAGAAGUCGCUCUCCGAGUACAACAACUUCAAGUCCAUGGUCGUCUCGGGGGCCAAGGGCUCCAAGAUCAACAUCUCCCAGGUGAUCGCGGUGGUGGGGCAGCAGAACGUGGAGGGCAAGCGCAUCCCGUUUGGGUUCAAGCACCGCACGCUGCCGCACUUCAUCAAGGACGACUACGGCCCCGAGAGCCGCGGCUUCGUGGAGAACUCCUACCUGGCCGGCCUCACGCCCACCGAGUUCUUCUUCCACGCCAUGGGGGGGCGUGAGGGGCUCAUCGACACGGCCGUCAAGACCGCCGAGACCGGGUACAUCCAGCGGCGGCUGAUCAAGUCGAUGGAGUCGGUGAUGGUGAAGUACGACGCCACGGUGCGCAACUCCAUCAACCAGGUGGUGCAGCUGCGCUACGGCGAGGACGGGCUGGCCGGCGAGAGCGUGGAGUUCCAGAACCUGGCCACGCUCAAGCCCUCCAACAAGGCCUUCGAGAAGAAGUUCAAGUUCGACUACAGCAACGAGCGGGCGCUGCGGCGGACGCUGCAGGAGGAGCUGGUGAAGGACGUGCUGUCCAACGCCCACAUCCAGAACGAGCUGGAGCGCGAGUUCGAGCGCAUGCGCGAGGACCGCGAGGUGCUCAGGGUCAUCUUCCCCACCGGGGACAGCAAGGUGGUUCUCCCCUGCAACCUCCUGCGCAUGAUCUGGAACGCGCAGAAGAUCUUUCACAUCAACUCGCGCCUCCCGUCCGACCUGCACCCCGUCAAGGUGGUGGAGGGGGUGAAGGAGCUGAGCCGCAAGCUGGUGAUCGUGAACGGGGAGGACCCGCUGAGCCGGCAGGCGCAGGAGAACGCCACGCUGCUCUUCAACAUCCACCUGCGCUCCACGCUCUGCAGCCGCCGCAUGGCCGAGGAGUUCCGGCUCAGCGGGGAGGCCUUCGACUGGCUGCUGGGCGAGAUCGAGUCCAAGUUCAACCAGGCCAUCGCGCACCCCGGGGAGAUGGUGGGCGCGCUGGCGGCGCAGUCGCUGGGGGAGCCGGCCACGCAGAUGACCCUCAACACGUUCCACUACGCGGGCGUGUCGGCCAAGAACGUGACGCUGGGCGUCCCGCGCCUCAAGGAGCUCAUCAACAUCUCCAAGAAGCCCAAGACGCCCUCGCUCACCGUCUUCCUGCUGGGCCAGAGCGCCCGCGACGCCGAGCGCGCCAAGGACAUCCUGUGCCGGCUGGAGCACACCACCCUGCGCAAGGUGACGGCCAACACCGCCAUCUACUACGACCCCAACCCGCAGAGCACGGUGGUGGCCGAGGACCAGGAGUGGGUCAACGUCUACUACGAGAUGCCCGACUUCGACGUCAGCCGCAUCUCCCCCUGGCUGCUGCGCGUCGAGCUCGACCGCAAGCACAUGACGGACCGCAAGCUCACCAUGGAGCAGAUCGCCGAGAAGAUCAACGCCGGGUUCGGUGACGACCUCAACUGCAUCUUCAACGACGACAACGCGGAGAAGCUGGUGCUGCGCAUCCGCAUCAUGAACAGCGACGAGAACAAGAUGCAGGAGGAGGAGGAGGUGGUGGACAAGAUGGACGACGACGUGUUCUUGCGCUGCAUCGAGUCCAACAUGCUGACGGACAUGACGCUGCAGGGCAUCGAGCAGAUCAGCAAGGUGUACAUGCACCUGCCGCAGACGGACAACAAGAAGAAGAUCAUCAUCACGGAGGACGGGGAGUUCAAGGCGCUGCAGGAGUGGAUCCUGGAGACGGACGGCGUGAGCCUCAUGCGGGUGCUGAGCGAGAAGGACGUGGACCCCGUGCGCACCACGUCCAACGACAUCGUGGAGAUCUUCACCGUGCUGGGCAUCGAGGCGGUGCGCAAGGCGCUGGAGCGGGAGCUGUACCACGUCAUCUCCUUCGACGGCUCCUACGUCAACUACCGGCACCUGGCGCUGCUGUGCGACACCAUGACGUCCCGCGGCCACCUCAUGGCCAUCACCCGCCACGGCGUCAACCGCCAGGACACCGGCCCGCUCAUGAAGUGCUCCUUCGAGGAGACGGUGGACGUGCUGAUGGAGGCGGCGGCGCACGGGGAGAGCGACCCCAUGAAGGGGGUGUCGGAGAACAUCAUGCUGGGGCAGCUGGCGCCCGCGGGCACCGGCUGCUUCGACCUGCUGCUGGACGCCGACAAGUGCCGCCACGGCAUGGAGAUCCCCAGCGCCCUGCCCGGCCUGGGCGGCAGCGGCCCCACCGGGAUGUUCUUCGGCUCGGCCCCCAGCCCCAUGGGGGGGAUGUCACCCGCCAUGACCCCCUGGAACCAGGGGGCCACCCCGGCCUACGGGGCCUGGUCCCCCAGCGUGGGCAGCGGGAUGACCCCGGGGGGCGCCGGGUUCUCCCCCAGCGCGGCCUCGGACGCCAGCGGCUUCAGCCCCGGUUACUCCCCGGCCUGGUCGCCCACCCCCGGCUCCCCCGGCUCCCCGGGGCCCUCCAGCCCCUACAUCCCCUCCCCCGGCGGCGCCAUGUCCCCCAGCUACAGCCCCACAUCUCCGGCCUACGAGCCGCGCUCGCCGGGGGGCUACACCCCCCAGAGCCCCAGCUACAGCCCCACGUCCCCCAGCUACAGCCCCACAUCGCCAAGUUACAGCCCCACGUCGCCCAACUACAGCCCCACGUCGCCCAGCUACAGCCCGACCAGCCCCAGUUACAGCCCCACGUCACCCAGCUACAGCCCCACCUCGCCAAGUUACAGCCCCACGUCGCCGAGCUACAGCCCAACCAGCCCCAGCUACAGCCCCACGUCACCCAGCUACAGCCCCACAUCGCCCAGCUACAGCCCCACGUCGCCCAGUUACAGCCCCACGUCGCCAAGCUACAGCCCCACGUCGCCAAGCUACAGCCCCACGUCACCGAGCUACAGCCCGACCUCCCCCAGUUACAGCCCCACAUCACCGAGCUACAGCCCCACGUCGCCGAGCUACAGCCCGACCAGCCCCAACUACAGCCCCACCAGCCCCAACUACACCCCGACCUCCCCCAGUUACAGCCCCACUUCUCCCAGUUACAGCCCCACCAGCCCCAACUACACCCCGACCUCCCCCAACUACAGCCCCACCUCCCCCAGCUACAGCCCCACCUCGCCCAGCUACAGCCCCACGUCCCCCAGCUACAGCCCGUCCAGCCCCCGCUACACCCCCCAGUCGCCCACCUACACCCCCAGCUCCCCCAGUUACAGCCCCAGCUCCCCCAGCUACAGCCCCACGUCCCCCAAGUACACCCCCACCAGCCCCAGCUACAGCCCCAGCUCCCCCGAGUACACCCCAACCUCGCCCAAGUACAGCCCCACCUCCCCCAAGUACAGCCCCAUCCCCAAGUACAGCCCCACCUCCCCCACCUACAGCCCCACCACCCCCAAGUACAGCCCCACCUCCCCCACCUACAGCCCCACCUCCCCCGUCUACACCCCAACGUCCCCCAAGUACAGCCCCACGUCCCCCACCUACAGCCCCACCUCCCCCAAGUACAGCCCCACGUCACCCACCUACAGCCCCACGUCCCCCAAGGGCUCCACCUACAGCCCCACGUCCCCCGGCUACAGCCCCACGUCACCCACCUACAGCCUCACCAGCCCGGCCAUCAGCCCCGACGACAGCGACGACGAC